UGUCCUCCCACCUCUCCCUGUCCCUCCCUCCCCUUCUCUCCUUUUCCCCCUUUCCCCCUCUCCCUCCCUUUCCUGCGUAGGAUUAAAUGACUUGCCCAGGUCACAAAGCUAGGAAGUGUCUGAGGCCAGGUUUGGAACUGCUUCUUUUUUUAAACUUUACUUUCUGUUUUAGUAACAACCCUAAGACAGAAGGGCAAAAACUAGGCAAAAUACGGUUGAAGGUAAUCUUUCAGAGAUGAAAAGUGGCAAAUUUUGAUUAAGGAAGAGACCAGCCAUUGAAAGCCAGCAACCAUGGGGAGCUCUAUUUCUCAGUGGAGCUCCCCCCGUGUCCUUCCUGCAGUCCUGAGGCCCUGAUAAGCAUUCUAAUUCUCAUAGUCCCCAGACUGUGCUGACCCCACCAAGUUCAAAGCCUUCCACCUCCCAUCCCUACUCCAUGGAGGAUCCAGCUGGUCCUGAGAAGGACGGGUAGCUCUAGCUACUUGAGUGGGCCUUUGGUUUAACUUUUAGGGUGGGCCAUGAGCCAGGAAGGGGCAGGGUUUUCUGAACUCCCCCAGGGCAUAGCAUUGGUCAGUGGUGAUCUCAGCUUUCAUCCAUGACCCCCCUCACCCUUCUUGUCAGGGUCUGAUGUCAACAGGAAAUAAAACUGAUGCAAUUGAAUGUAAGACCAGCUCAGUGCUCAAGCUCCAGCCCAGGUCCCACCCUUCCUGCCCUCCAGGCUCCACCCUUCCCUCUGUGGAGGGGGAGCUCUGGUGCUACAAAGCUAAGGGAGCUUGGCCAAGAAAAGUCUAGCAUGGGGGAAGGGACAGACUGAGGUAUCUGGUGCCCAAAUCAAUCUGCAGCUCUGCGAAUAUUAGAGCAAGGGAGAGGAAAAGCAUCUACCCGCUUGUGCCAGGCUAGCCUGAAAACGUCUCUUGUAUGCCUCCAACCCAAGAGGUCUACCUUAUCCUUGCAGCUAGGCGAGGAUGAAUUUCUAUUUUCAUUAUGGCUAGAGGUUGUGUCUACCUCUGGUGUCUGCUUUGGGAUGUUUGGCUGGGUUUGCUAGGCUGAUCCCAGACAUAUUAGAGUAAAACCCUUUUUCCAGAGUUGGGCGGGACCUUCCUCUGCCACUGAUGACGCCGUCCGCCUUUGGACCCGAGCCCUCCAUUUCUGGGCUUAAUGCUUGUCGGUGUGGGAGUUGCCCUUCUCUUCCAUGCCACAGUUGGUGAAGCUUUCGGUUUGCACCAGCCCUGUGAGUUAGGCUUCCAAGGUUAAUAACAGGGUAGUAACCGGCUAUCACCUCCAAACCUCACAAUGAGUCAGGGCCCCCACCCUAUUGCAGGGUUCCUUUCCCAGGAAGAGAUGCAGAGUGGGCUCUGGUGUUAACUGUGAUCUCUUGGGACACACCCUGACCCAUUACACCCAGGAUCUCGCCUAGACGCUCACCACAGAGUCUGGAAAACUGAGCUCCGAGGGCGUGGAGGGUGAAUGAGCUUCGGGAGCGAAGAGGAUUUAGCUAAGAUGAGCCACUGGAGUGGGAGAAACCGAUCCUGUCUCAAAGUGAGAUUGAGCGGAAGAUUAAGGAAUAUAACAGCCAGAUCAACAGCAACCUCUUCAUGAGCCUGAACAAGGACGGUUCCUAUACGGGUUUCAUCAAGGUACAGCUGAAACUUGUGCGCCCCGUAUCUGUGCCUGCUACCAAGAAGCCACCCACCUUGCAGGAUGCCAAGCGACCCACUGGGAAGAACCAAGCGGUGAAACGCCGUACCUCCUUUUACCUCCCCAAAGACACAGUCAAGCACCUGCACGUGUUGUCCCGAACACGAGCCCGAGAGGUCAUCGAAGCGCUGCUCCGGAAAUUCCUGGUGGUGGAUAAUCCCCGAAAAUUUGCCCUAUUUGAGCGGGCAGAGCGCCAUGACCAAGUGUACCUACGGAAGCUCUCCGAUGAUGAACAGCCUUUGCGAUUACGCCUGCUGGCUGGACCCAGCGAAAAAGCCCUGAGUUUUGUCCUAAAGGAGAAUGAGACUGGAGAUGUGAAUUGGGAUGCCUUCAGCAUGCCUGAAUUACAUAAUUUCCUUCGUAUCCUGCAACGGGAGGAAGAAGAGCAUGUUCGACAAAUCUUGCAGAAGUAUUCUCGUUGCCGCCAGAAGAUGCAGGAAGCGCUAGGAGCCCGCCCCCUAGGAUGACCCCUCUGGCCUUCUCCUUCUUGACCCCAGGGUCAGGAUUGCUUAAAGGCUUCAGAGGCCACCAGGCCGAGUGGAUGAAGGGCAGCACAUGGGGGGUGGCGGGGGGCAGCACAGAAUGGAUGUCAUGAAUGUGUCUGGACCUGAAGAGUGAGUGUGUGUGGGGGCUUCCCAGCGAAAGGGGAGCUAGCUAGGUGUGUGGGGACAGAGAAUGUCCUUCAGGUAGCAUCAUGGCUGCUACUUUGGAAUGACAGAGGCUGACAAGGCCUCUUUGAAAAUACUGACUCAUCACGAUACAUUUAGGAGCAUGGUUGGGGUAGGGUUUAAAGAGCACAAUCAAAGGGUCAGCUAGGUCGUGCAGUGGAUAGAGCACCAGACCUGGAGUCGGGAGGACCUGGAUUUCAAUCUGGCCUCAGAUACUUCCCAGCUGUGUGACCCUAGGCAAGUCCCUUAACCCCGGGUGCCCAGCCCUUGCCCUUCUAUCUUAAAAGUUGUUAUAGGACAGAAAGUAAGGGUAUAAAAAAACCCAGACACAUUCUCUGUCCCUUAUGACACCCCCCCAAGAAAGUCUCCUUAGCCCCGAGAACACCAAGGGAGCUCUCAAAUAGAGCUCCCAGGUGGUGAGAGUCUGCUCUGCAUGGCUCAAAGAUGGCGGCCAAAGGAGGCCCUGUUGGCUUGUUUUAGAGAGUCUGUGUUAGUCCUGGCCGAGACAAUCUCGUUAAGGAUGGAAUAGCUUCAGCUAAACAUGACGGCUCUGAGGGCCAACAGUCUUGUGUCUAUGUGGGAUUAUAUAGGUAGAGGGCUCGCGAGCUCUGGACAUAUAUAUAUAUAUAUAUAUAGGGGCCCUUAGGGAGAAGGGAAGGGAAAUGGGUUUAAUUUCAGUGAUAACCUUUGGAGAUCCAAGGUCUUCCCCAGCAAGCGCGCCGUCGCCCUGUCACGAGGACAAGACUGCUCGCUGAAGAUGCAGUUCUGGUGAAUGAGAGGCUCAGAAAGGAGCUCCCCUGGCUGCUGCUGGGCUCUGAGGGGUGGCCAUUAGCCCAGGGUGCUAACCAGACGGAGGGCAUCUCCCUCCCACUGUUUGUCAGGAUUUGCAUGUAAUGGAUGGCAUGUUUCUUGAUCUCAGCUGAGUGACUCCCAGGCGGAGACCUUGAGUGUGUGGGACCUGUGGAUGACUGCUGGGGGUGUUACAAUAAGGGCCUGGGGCCCAGGAGGAAUCGGGAAUAAAGCUUGGGCCAAUCA